ACUCAUUUCCCACCUAAAUAACACACUUUCUUUCUCUUUCUCUCUCUCUCUUUCAUGCUCUAUAUAAUCAGUCACUCUCUGAUAAUCUCCCUACUCAUGGGAAGCAUGAACAUGAAGGUGCAUCAGCUCACACGUGGGUUCUGGGAUCAUGAACCCUCCCUCUCACUUGGCUGCAAACGCCUCCGUCCUCUUGCUCCCAAGCUUACCACCACCACCACUACUACUACUACUUCUGACACCAUCCCUUCCCUUGAUAUCAAGAGCUUCAUCAAGCCUGAAAGUGGCCCUCGAAAGUGUGGAUCUGCCGCCGGCGAAAAGAGAGAUACUCCUCAGGUGGAGGCUCACUCAGGAGGAACUAGGUGGAACCCAACACAAGAACAGAUUGGGAUCCUUGAAAUGUUGUAUAAGGGUGGAAUGAGAACCCCUAAUGCACAACAAAUAGAGCAAAUCACAGUUCAACUUGGGAAGUUUGGGAAAAUAGAAGGGAAAAAUGUAUUCUAUUGGUUUCAAAACCAUAAAGCAAGAGAGAGACAGAAACAGAAGAGAAACAGUCUUGGUCUCACCCAUUCUCCAAGGACUCCUGCUUCUGUGGUCACAACUAUAGCCUUAGAUGCUGAUAGAGAAAUGGAAAGAGAAGAAGAGAGCCAGUACUACUACAAAAAGAAGCAAAGAAGCUGGGGGGUGGAGUGGUGUGUGGAGGAAGAGGAGGAGGAGGAGGAGGAGAGCAAGUGGAGUAGUGGAAGAGAAGAGGGAAAUGAUAAGACUCUGGAGCUAUUCCCUUUACACCCAGAAGGCAGAUGAAAGAGAGAGUAGCCAGUUCUUCAAGUUCCCAAAAAUUUAAUCUCUUAAAUUUCAUGUGAAUUUACUUUGCUUUUCUUUCUGUCUCUCUCUCUCUUUCUUUGCUUUGGGAAAGAAGAAAGCGAAGCUGAGUGAGCUCUCUGUUGUAAAACUGCAGUGUACCCUAUAUUUCAA